AUGGCGGAAGAGGAAGCCGGGUGCAUGCACGCGCUGAUGCUGGCAUCGUCGGUGGUCCAGCCGAUGGCGGUGAGGACGGCCAUCGAGCUGGGCCUUCUCGAGAUCCUUGUGGCCGGCGCCGGCUACGGGAAGACGAUGAGCCCCGAAGAGGUGACCGCGAAGCUGCCCACGUCGAACCCGGAGGCGGCGUCCAUGGUGGAUCGCCUGCUGCGGGUGCUGGCCUCGUACAGCGUCGUGUCGUGCGUCGUGGAGGAGGCCAAGGACGGCAGCCUCUCCCGCCGCUACGGCCCCGCUCCGGUCUGCAAGUGGCUCACCCCUAACGAGGAUGGCGUCUCCAUGGCCCCCUUCUGCCUCCUCGCCCAGGACAGGGUCUUCACGGAGACCUGGUGCUACAUGAAGGAAGCGAUCCUCGAGGGCCGUGGCGGCGCGUUCAACAAGGCAUUCGGGACGACGUGGUUCGAGCACGCCGGUGUGGACACGCGCUUCAACAACCUCUUCAACGAGGCCAUGAAACAACACUCGGUCAUCAUCACCAAGAAGCUCUUGGAGCUGUACAAGGGCUUCGAGGGUAUCAGCGUCCUCGUGGAUGUCGCCGGCGGCGUCGGCGCCACCACCCAUGCCAUCACCUCUAGGUACCCGAGCAUCAAGGGCAUCAACUUCGACCUCCCCCACGUCGUCGCCGAGGCACCGGCCUACCCCGGCGGGCGCGUGCAGCACGUCGGUGGCGACAUGUUCGAGAAGGUGCCCUCCGGCGACGCCAUCUUCAUGAAGUGGAUCCUCAACUGCUUCAGCGACAAGGAUUGCGCGACGCUGCUCAAGAACUGCUACGAUGCGCUCCCCGCGCACGGCAAGGUGAUCAACCUGGAGUGCAUCAUGCCGGUGAACCCGGAGCCGACACACGGCGCGCAGGGGUUGAUCAGCGUUGACGUGAGUCUACUUGCGUACAGCCCCGGCGGCAAGGAGAGGUAUCUGAGGGAGUUGGAGAAGCUCGCCAAGGGUGCUGGGUUUGCCGACGUCAAGGCCACCUACAUCUACGCCGACUUCUGGGCCAUCGAGUACACCAAGUAG